AUGCCUGACAUAACAGUCCUUAUUUCGGGCUCCGGCUCCAAUUUGCAAGCACUCAUAGAUGCGCAGGCUAGCGGAAAUUUGAAGGGCACAAUUACCCAAGUGAUCUCUUCCAGCGAGACGGCCUACGGCUUGGAAAGAGCACAGAAGGCUGGCAUCUCCCAUAAGGUUCACACUUUGAAGAGCUACUACAAGGGUACAACAAAGGAGCAGAAGGACGAAAGGCAAAAGAGACGUGAGCAAUUCAACAAGGAUUUGGCCAGUCUUCUAAUCCACGGCAAUACUGAGAACAAGCCAGAUUCCAGCUACAAAAGACCAGAUCUCAUUGUAUGUGCGGGCUGGAUGUUGAUCUUAUCGCCAGCGGUGUUGCAUCCUCUUGAAGAAGCCAAGAUUUCCAUCAUAAAUUUGCAUCCAGCUUUGCCAGGCGCUUUUGACGGUACUCAUGCCAUUGACAGAGCAUGGAAGGCCGGACAGGAUGGAGAAAUUACGGUUGCCGGUGUAAUGAUACAUUAUGUCAUUGCAGAGGUGGACCGUGGUGAGCCCAUAUUAGUAAAGGAGCUUCAGUUGAGCAAAGAAGAAUCCUUGGAGCAGUAUGAGGACAGGGUACAUGCCACAGAACACAAAGCUAUCGUGGAAGGCACUAACCUUGCUCUUGAAGGGUUGUAA